UGGUACAUUAUUACUAGUGACCUGGGUAAUGGGUCUACUGGUACCUUCAUCACCAGUGACCUGGGUGAAGGGUCUACUGGUACCUUCAUCACUAGUGACCUGGGUGAUGGGUCUAGUGGUACCUUCAUCACUAGUGACCUGGGUGAUGGGUCUACUGGUACCUUCAUCACCAGUUACCUGGGUGAAGGGUCUACUGGUACCUUCAUCACUAGUGACCUGGGUGAUGGGUCUAGUGGUACCUUCAUCACUAGUGACCUGAGUGAGAGGUCUAGUGGUACCUUGAUCACAAGUGAGCUUGAAGACAGUCUUAAAAAUGCUGGAUGUUUAAGUAACAGCAAAUUCCAGAAUUAG